CCCACGACAACCAGCAAUCAGUACGGCUUCGGGCCCGUCUCCACUUGCGCGUCCGUUCCGCCUCCACUGAUCCACUCCCCACUCCUUUUAACCCCCGGGGCCGCCGUGCCGCCGAGUCGCCUGCCCACUCCUCCCCGUCCCUCCACCCACCGCGACCGAGCCAGCAGCUGAUCCUCGCGCGCGCUGCGCAAUGGCGGGAGCCGGGGCAUCGUCGGCGUGGGGCCCGAGCCCGGCGCUGGUGACUGCGCUGGUGGCGCUGCUGGGGCUCGGCCUCGCCGCCUACAUCGUCGGGCCACAGCUCUACUGGCACGCCGCCGAUGCGCUCACAGCUGCGGGGGCGUGCCCCGCGUGCGACUGCGACUGCGACGCGCGCCCGCUCCUUGCCCUCCCGGAAGACUGUGCUAAACAAUUCAAUGGGGUUAGGAGUCGUGCAUCUGGUGAAGAAACAGAAAAGAGUUUCACAGAGCUACUCAUAGAAGAACUGAGGCAAAGAGAAGAGGAGGCAACACAAGCUCAGCGACAAGCUGAUGUAAAAUUGCUGGAGGCCAAAAAAUUAGCUUCACAGUAUCAAAAGGAGGCUGACAAAUGCAGCUCCGGUAUGGAUACAUGUGAAGAAGCUAGGGAAAAGUCAGCUGAAGCAUUGGUCGGCCAAAGGAAAUUGACUGCUUUGUGGGAGCAAAGGGCUCGGGAACUUGGAUGGCAGCCGGGGAAUAUCAAACCACAUCGAAGGUAGUAAUCAGAUACACAUAAACGUUGUGGUUGGCAUUGGAUACAUCAUGUCUAGCAACAUCACAUGAUCACAUUGCAAGUACGGUUCACGAAAACAGCGAGAUGAUAGAGGAAACAAAAGGGUUUUCGGUCUGGCCAACUCGUCUCCUUUUGCACGCCAUGAGCUUCGUUGUCCAUAGUUAUUUAUUUGAUAUUAAGUUUGUGGUAUAGUACUGCAUAGAUGUUUGUAAGCACUAUGUUAAAAUGGUCAUAGAAUGGCACUCAUCGGCCUGCAUGUCUUGGAGGGAUUGUUGGUGGUUGUCUGUGGAUGAUGAUAAUAAAUAAUGAAUUCUUAUCAGUUCUGUUUA